AUGGCGUCGCUAAGGUGCUUUCUGCGCUCGGGACGGAAUGCUGCCGCCGUGGUUCUGCGAAGACAGUUCCACAAGACGCCGCCGGCCUGUUUGCAGGUGACGGUCAGAGAUGCCCUGAACCAGGCGAUGGACGAGGAGCUGGAGCGGGAUGAACGAGUCUUCCUGCUAGGGGAGGAAGUGGCGCAGUAUGACGGAGCUUACAAAGUCAGCAGAGGUCUGUGGAAGAAAUAUGGAGAUAAGCGCAUCAUUGACACUCCUAUCACCGAGAUGGGGUUUGCGGGUAUUGCUGUCGGUGCUGCUAUGGCAGGCCUGAGGCCCAUCUGUGAGUUCAUGACAUUCAACUUCUCCAUGCAAGCCAUCGACCAGGUGAUCAACUCCGCUGCCAAGACGUACUACAUGUCUGCGGGGCUGCAGUCAGUGCCCAUCGUGUUCCGCGGGCCCAAUGGGGCGUCUGCGGGCGUGGCAGCCCAGCACUCGCAGUGUUUCGCCGCCUGGUAUGGCCACUGCCCCGGCCUCAAGGUCCUGAGCCCCUGGAACGCCGAGGAUGCCAAGGGCCUCCUCAAAUCCGCCAUCAGAGACGACAAUCCCGUGGUAUUUUUGGAGAACGAGCUGAUGUACGGCGUCCCAUUCGAGCUGUCUGAGGAGGCACAGUCCAAGGACUUCACCAUCCCCAUCGGGAAGGCGAAAAUCGAGAGGCCGGGGGAUCACAUCACCCUGGUGUCGCAUUCCCGAUACGUGGGUCACUGCCUGGACGCGGCGGCCGUCCUCGCGAAGGAAGGCAUCGAAUGUGAGGUGAUUAACCUGCGCACCAUCAGGCCCAUGGAUGUGGACACCAUUGAGGCCAGCGUCAUGAAGACCAACCACCUGGUGACGGUGGAGGGCGGCUGGCCACAGUUCGGUGUCGGAGCUGAGAUAUGCGCGCAGAUAAUGGAGGGUGCAGCUUUUAACUACCUGGAUGCCCCUGCUGUGCGAGUCACAGGCGUAGACAUUCCCAUGCCCUACGCCAAGAUUCUAGAGGACCACAGCAUCCCCCAGAUCAAGGACAUCAUUUUUUCUGUGAAAAAGACCCUUGGCGUUUGAUUGGCUGGUCCGGAUCCCUCAAGUGACCCCAAGUUACCUCAAACCAUAAAUUUGUUACCUGAAAACAGCUGUAUACUACAGAGCCCCUGGGUGUGCUGAGCCGGCCUUCUGGUGCCAAAGUUUGGUGUAUUUUGUGUACAAUCAACCUGCACUUUAGUCUCUCCUAUUUACCGUAAGAUAUUGGACCUGCGGUUGUCAGUUUUAACUUAUAGUGCACCAUAUUUAAUAGAUUUUGUCAUAUUUUAUUCUGUAGAUGAUGUACAGACCUACAUUAGUUGCCAGUGGUUUUCUUCCAGUGAAGGGGUUCUUACUGAGGUGGCACGCACGCAUUGGGGUUAUCAUGGGUGGGCAGCAGUGAUACUCAGAUGACUUUGCAGAAUGUGCGUUGCGUGAUGUAAGUGCACCAUCUUGCUGAACGUCAGUGAAAACAGAAGCAAGACAAGAUUAAAAACAUGCCUACUGAUAUCUGGAAUGUUGGCUCUUUUAAAGGGAGGGGUAUGUAUACAAAUCAAACUAUUGAAAGAGAUACAGUAAUGAAAUAUGGUUAAAAAUCUCUGAGUUAGAAAAGACUGUUUAUGAGGAAUGUCUAGUCCAGGUGUAGGGUUUGAGUGUUGAAAAAUACAAUUAUAUAAAAAAAAA